CCUUUUUCGCUCUCCACAAGAGGAGGUCCGUAACGAAAGUGUAGUUGGUUUGGUUGUGAAAAAUGCUGCAGGUUCUAGUUUUCACCGGGAGAUGUAUCAGUACUUCUGCCCGGCAGUGUUUCCGUAAAAAUGACUACUACAUUAAAGGAAGGAGAUACCCCAAGAAAUACUGGAAUACGCUAGAGCGGAAGUAUAAAAAACCUCACAGUACUAACUUCAUUGAGCAGAAAGUUAAUCUGAAUCUCCCGCAACCAUCAGUCCGAGCUCCUUAUGAUAGAAGAUAUCCCCUCAGUGGAAAAUCUAUUACUCCAUACACAGAAGGAGGCAACAGCAAAUUUCCAAAAUUGUGGUCUAAGAUUACAUCAGUUCGAGGAGGAUCUGGGGUUCCAGAGGUUGGAUACAGGCUGCCCAGUGGAAGUUUUCGCAAAUUACAGGAUUCAGUGCCAGAGUUCAUUGUUCCUGAUCUAAAAGGAUUCCCGCUAAAGCCCUAUGUAUCAUACCGUGUGAAAGAUAUUCACCAGGAGCCGCUGACUGCCAAGAACCUGUUUGAUGCUUGUGUCCGGCCAGACAUAGAGAGAGAUUUUGAUCAAGGAAAUCUGGAUGUGGACAAAUAUAAGUUAAAGAAAAAGGAAGUGGAUAUAUCAGACAUAGACUUGGGAACAAUAUACAAGUCUCCCUUAGCAUGAAGUGGUUUUGUGAAGAUAUUAUACGAGUUUCAUUGAUUGUGAAGUUAUUGGUUUGGCAAUGAAAACAAAAACGCAGAUAUCCUGUACAGAAGACACAGUAUCUGUCCGAUUUAUAACAGGGGCGGAUUUAGGCCAUCUUCUGGAAGACGAUCAGAUUUUCAAGUUUACAUUGAUGGGUAUCUAAUUUUU